UGACCCAGAAGAGCAAUUUCUCCUCUACGAUGCUCUUAUAAUGGUGUGGCAGAAGCUGCUUCACAGGACACGUUGUAUGAAGCAUGGAGCAUUGAAACAGCGUCUGGACAGUUGGUUAUUAUUCUUUAUGUCUUGGUAUAUGAGGCUGAUUUCCUGGCAUCCUACAGUCGCUCUUUGGGGCUGGCGGGAUGCAAUAUACUGGGACCAAAAGAUCUCGUAUAUCUGGAACAGGGUCCCUAUGGUUUUAGAGCUGGCGCAUUGGUGAAGCAGCUCACAAGUUCAUAGAAAAGGAUACAUCUAGAAAGACUCAACAGCUCAGUGAACGGGCUUUGAGGGAAGAUAGCAGGCAAUAGACUGUCUGACCCGAGUAUAAAGA